AUACAAUCCAACUAGUUGGAUGUUUUUUAAUUAUGAAUAAGUUUUUCAUUUAAAAAGCAACGUCAAGGUUUGAAAGUUAUCAUUCAAUAAAGUUCAUCGAUAACGAAAAUAACUCGUUAAGUAAAAAUAACAAUCUAAAAGAAUGGCAUUCAUCAAGAUCGCAAUUGUGUGCUGUGUCCUUGUGUCAGCGGUUAACUGUGGAGUCCUUUUUCAAGGUCAAAGAUUUGCUGCUCCAGCUGCGGUAGCACCAGUGGCUGCAAUCAACACCGACUAUGAUCCUCAUCCACAAUAUACUUUUGCUUAUAAUGUUCAAGAUGCUCUAACCGGCGAUAGCAAGAGUCAACAAGAGACCCGAGAGGGUGAUGUUGUUAAGGGUUCGUACUCUGUUGCCGAACCUGAUGGCACUAUUCGUACUGUCAUUUACACUGCUGAUCCCAUCAAUGGAUUCAAUGCUGUUGUACAAAGAGGACCAUUGAUUGCUCCAAGACCCGCGGUCCCUGUUGCAGCUCCAUUUGGUGCACCAGUACCAGCUUUUGGUUAAUGGUUCCAACAAAUUUUGUGCAAUAGUUAAAUAAGUUUUGAUUAUUUUUUAAAUAAGUUAUUUAUGAGUUUAAUAAAUAAGAUUUUUUAAUUUUUUUACUA